GAAGAAGAAGCUGCCGCUCUUCGCGAAAUGCAUGCUAAGGUCGAGAAGGAAAUUGGCUCCGUUCAAGAUCCUGCUGCUGUAGCUGCUUCUCAGGAAAACAGGGAGGAGGCAGAUGCUCGAUCUGUUUUUGUCGGCAAUGGUCGUUGUUAUUACCCAAGUCCUAUAAUUAGCGCUGGAUGCUAACAUUGUAUUUUGUGGGUGGGCCAUCAGUGUUUUUAUGCUUGUAGUACAGGGGGGAAAGAAUGUAUGUUGUUCUUAUGUAAUUUAAUAAGAUAUCACAUGAAAGAAUAGAAAGUAGAAAAGAUUGAGAAGCAAAACUUUUAAGUUUAUGAAAAGAAAAAGAAAUUACAAAAGAAAAAAUAGAAUGAAGUUGAAAAAAGGAAAAAAAAAAAAGAAAGAAAAAAAAAAAGAAAAGAAAAAGAAAAAAAGAAAAGAAAAAUAAUGAACAUUUUGAGGAAUCUGUGAAUGGCAUCUAUCACGAGCAUGGCAGAAACUAGUACAGCUGAAGGUAGUAUGUGUUAAAGAUGAUUCAACUUCACAACUGGAGGAGACAGCUUGUGGUUCUUUUUGAAGAAUUUUGUGUUGAUUAUGCAUGCACACCAGAGGAAGUGCAGCAACACUUUCAGUCAUGCGGUACAGUGAACAGGGUCACUAUCCUGACAGACAAGUUUGGUCAGCCUAAAGGUUUUGCUUAUGUGGAAUUUGUUGAAACUGAAGCUGUUCAAGAGGCUCUCCUGUUAACUGAAUCUGAAUUGCAUGGACGUCAAUUGAAAGUUCUGCCUAAGAGGACUAAUGUCCCUGGAAUGAAACAAUACCGUCCUAGGCGAUUCAAUCCUUACAUGGCAUAUGGCUUCAGGAGGCCUUAUGCUCCUCCUUACAUGUACUCCCCUUAUGGAUUUGGGAAGGCUCCUAGGUUUAGAAGGCCAAAUCGUUACAUGCCAUAUUAUUAGAUGUUCAUAUGGAAUGGUGUUCAAGAUUUGGCGAUAGUGUGUCCUGGAGUAGUAAUAUUUAAAUCCGGGAAGCAUUCAUCUAUACUAUUCAUCAGCAUAAUAUACACUGUGAUCAAGAACAGUUAUUGUCCGUUUGUCCUAUGAUGUUAUUGUCUUGUACUUUUCUUGCCCAGUUUCUGGAAGAUGGUUUAUAAUUGCCUUUGAAUUUAUGUUAGUGGCCGUAUGCUACAGCAAGGUCAGUUUUUAAUUUAUACUGGCCGAAGAUAUAUGCUGCAGUAAACUCAUCCGGCCUCAUUAACUGUUCAAUGUUACCAAAACUUGAUUAUAUGCUUGUUGGUGAAAUUUAUAUCAUGGGAUCAGAAUUGGAAUAGUA